AUGAUCGAAUCGCUGCUAUUCCGACCUUCACAAGAUGCAUUUGGUUCGUCAGGCAAUGGUGUAGCUGGCGAUUUCAUUAGGCCACAGUCCAGUGGUGUCAGGGAUAACGGAAUUAGCAAUUACGGAAUUGCCGCUCCAGCUUCAUUUACCGGCUACGGUGGUGGUGCAUUGGGAAGUGGCUCCGGUCAAGUGCAAUCAGCUCGACAAACCGGCAUCGAAACACUGCUGAGUACUUUCUUAGGUUUGUGGCUUUCACUGGGUUGUUUAGGAAUGGCUUAA